AUGACGGACAGCUUUUUUAGCGCGGCCAUAGAAAAUCUGCGCAACGUGACCAUACUGUACUUGAGAGAGAUGAAUCUGGCUAGCAUAUCCAAUGCUUGUGCAGAAAAGCUGGCCAACAAGCAAGUAAUACGGCAGAUCGUGUUGCACGACUGCCUCAAUUAUACGUCGAUUGCGGACUUCGAACGUUUACGUCCGCAGCUGAUGAUCGUCAAAGGUCCUCUGAAGGGUCUGAGGACGUUUCUGGCCGGAGCCGAUUCGACCGAGGAACAUACUCACACGUCAGAGCUGCUGUCACAGCUGUCAUCUUUGGAAGACCUGGCGAAGACCGAGCAAGAGAAUGUUACAGACGAGGUGGAAACGGCUGCAUUGUCGCAGACGCUAUCGCUGCCGAUACUGCUAGUAGCAGCGAUGUCGGCCGUCGACUUUACCGACGUACUGCCCGAGCUGUUGUGCGUGAGGAUAUUUAGGCACGUGGACCUGCGGACGAGGUGCAAGGCUGAGGCGACGUCUAAACGCUGGCAACGACUGAUCCUGGACAGCUAUGACAAGGACACAUCAGCCGUGUGGUUGUACGUCAUAUUCCGAAGCAAUGGCAUUUCCGGACAUGACAACAUGAGCGUGCAAGUGAGCAGCGACGGGCCGAUAUUUUGGUCAAACCAGAUGAUUUACGUCUACUUGUGCGCUUGCCAUUUUAGCAUCCGCCACGAACCGGAACUUCGCGCGCCAAAGCAUGCGAGCGGCAUUUUCAUCAAUAUUCCGGCCGCUAAACGGCAGCCGACGUCGCCUGAUGACGAGCAGUCCAUUUUGAGUGCGUUGAGUUUCGUCCUCGUCCCCGAGCGAGCGACU